AAAUUGUAUCAAAAAUUGCAACAAUGAAGUUCUUCGCUGCGUGCGCCUUCCUCCUGCUCGUCCUGGCUGCUGUCCAGGCAACUCCCGGCCAACUUGGAGGCCAUGGUGGACCUGUUGGACACGGACACGGUGGUCCUGUCGGUCAUGGUGGACCCGUUGGCCAUUCUGGGAAUGUGGGCCAUGGCGGUUCAGUGGGCCAUGGUGGACCCGUAGGACACGGACACGGUGGUCCUGUGGGUCACGGUGGAUCUGGAGGCCACAACUCUGGACAUGGCCAUGGCCACGGCCAUUAGGGUGAAUCCUGCAAGGACUCUACUCGAUGGAUAGAGAGGUGAUUAGCUGACACCUCUAACCCAUAUCACAAUAAAAACUUCGUUUCUCGAA